AGGCACGACACAGGCAAAUUGCAGUCCUACGUAUACACGUCCCUCAUUUAAACUGAUGUAAUUCUCUAAAACAUUAACCUUACAAAUAAUUGUCGGUUUCAAUUAAUCGUGAACAUAAAAUGUUUCACCAACUCUACCGUACCAUCAAUCAAUAAGUAAAGGUGACGUGUGUGGAAAAAUUGUUGCUCGAACAGCGCAGUUUGAUGAAAUACAGACUCGUCAAGUUCAAGUUAUACUUGCUGAAGAAGAAAGCAAAAAUGUUCAACUUGUAUCAACACAUGAAACAGAAUAAUGAGGGUGGGAAGGAGCAGAAGGAACCCGAGUAUACAGGACACGAUAGAUUCUACCAGGAGCGUCCCAGGACCAGUUAUAGGAAGAAGAAACGUCGUGGAGCUUGCAGGAGAGCCCAGUCUGCUGCUGAACUGAAUCCUGAAUCCAUCGCAGCUGCUAACAAGAGAAAUGCUUUUCGGAUACGCUCUGUCUCCACGGAUAGAGAAGAAAGUGAAGACGCUGGGAAGCAGGAAGAUGCAGACGCUUGUAGUUCAAAAGAAAACUCGGAGCGUACUCCACUGGUGGCACAGAAGAUAGACUCGUUGGCCAAACUGUUGUUCAACAAAUCCCUGAUGGGUAUAGGAUCUGGAAAAUCUUCACCGUCGGAACCACCGGCGUCACCAAGAGUCGAACGGUCGAUGGAGAGCUCAGCGGCUUUGGCAAUAUGCACAGAAUACUUGUCACAAACAUCGAGGUACGAUCUAAUUUCUCAACUGGGCGCCAUCGGUUCACGCCCAAACAAACAUUGGUUCGCCAUUCACGACAACUCCAUCAAAACUGACAGACUUCUCACCUUGAUGCCGCUGACCAACAAAUGCCCAGUGGAGCCGACGGAGCGCUCCCGAGGCCUCAUCAUGGAGCUGUUCCGAGCCCUUCAUCACCCAUACAUCUGUCCUGUUCUGGAUUUGGAGCUCUGCAACGGGCAUGCUUUAGCCGUGCUCCCUUUUAACUCUCGGGGCAGCUUGAAAGACCUCAUCUACAAGAGCACAUGGAACGACGAGUACCCUCGCAAGUACGGGUCAACUGGUACCGGGCUUCCAGCGUGGCAGGUGGCUCGCUUCGGCCGCCAGAUGCUGGAGGGACUGAUGUUCCUUAAGGAGAAGGGGUUCCCGCCCUUCCGCCACCUGCAUUCCGGCAACGUGGUGGUCCAAAAUGGAGUGGCGCGGAUAUGCGGUCUAGAGAACACCCUGAUAGGCGCGCUGCCCCGCUGCCCGAUUGCGCUGGCCGCGCAGACGGAGCUGGUGGAAGCCAUGAGCGUCGGCGCGGUGCUGUUCGAGAUGUGCGCUGGCGCAGAACUCGACCUGGCGUUGUUACCCGACUUGGCGCCGAACUAUCCUAAUGUGGUGGAGAUCAUCGAGCAGAUCUUCGGGCCGCGCGCGCCGACGGUGCACGAGCUGCUGCUGUGCGAGGUGUUCCGCAAGAUCGACCUGCGCGAGAUGAAGGGCUCCUGCUUGCCGAACUUCAGCCAGCGGCUGUCCCGUUCUUGCCUGUCGCUGCUGGGCGAGGUGGCGCGCCGGCAGCCGGGCUCGCCGCGCCGCCGCCCCGCCGCCUCGGGACCUGCCUCGCCCGCCUCCCCCGCCACCCCGCCGGCUCGCAGGAGACAUUUUGCAGUCGAUCAAGAUUACACAGAAGAAUGGCAGUGGUGAUAACUUGAAGACAAACAUUCAUUUAUAUUAUACUUUCUUUGAUAUGAUGAUUCUUUUUAUUGCAAUAGAAAUGAAUUGUAUGAUA